CCCAAGCAUAUCUGUUAACUACCCCAGAGAGCCUAGGAUGUAUUGAGCUUGGUCUUUCGAGUUGCGGAAUUGGCGUCUCGCCCUUUCGGUCGUGCAAGCCGAAACCGUCGGCAGCGAGAUGACGACAUGGUCACGUGACCGACCCCGUACGCCGAGGGCCGAUGAGUUGCGCCUUUCAACAGCCACCGGCGAGGGCUUUAUCUACUUUGGCGGAUGCCAGGAGCCAUUGUUCUUCCCCAGGCCCAAUUGAAGGAGCAGCGGGUCAAGGGAAGAUGGUUUCCAGCUACAUGACGCGAAGUCGAUUUAUUCGUUUAAGACUAUGCCUUCUACCACGUACCUAUUCCACCCGAUCUAUUUCCACAACGAGCUGCCUGAGCUCUGGCCAAGCAGCGCAACCGUCACCCCGUUCUAGUGCCUCGACUUCUCCCGAGAGUUAUAAACUUGACUCGAAAUGGCUUUCUGCAACGAAGAAGCGGCUGGGGAAGUGCUUGCAGUUCGGGCUGCAACCUGAGCAAGUACGUGCUGCAGGUGACAUUUUGAAAGAGGUAACCCGAGAUUGGCGGGAGCUUGUUGCAGGCAGCGAAGGCUUUCUCACUGGGGAGGAUAGGCGAGGGUUAUUCCGGCAUAACGUUGUCUGGGGAGAGAUGGAUGUCAUGCUAACCGUUUUGAUAAAGGGGCAUGUGAACAAUGUGAUGUACGUUCGAUACGCAGAAACGGCCCGAGUCAAUUGGACGCGCAAUUUCGCUACCUACCAUGAUCCCGCACACAAGAAGCAGUGGCUGGAGUUGAUCGGAUCCACGGGUAUUGGGUUGAUUCUCAAGAGUAUCAAAAUUGAUUACAAAUUUCCGAUGACAUACCCUGAUAAAAUUUGCGUAUAUCAUAAGCUAGUCCACGCACCGCCGUCGCCUAGUUCGCCGAAUCCUAACGCUUACCCCGGUUUGAUUUUUGACGUACUCAUCCUCUCCGAAGCAAAACAGCGGGCGGCGGCACGGUGCCACGAAGAUGUUGUCCUUUACGACUAUAGAGUUGGGCGCAAGGUUUCUGAGCUCCCUAAUUAUAUGAUAGAUCAGUUCAGACACACCUGGGAGCUUCAGCAGGAAGCGAAGAGGGUCAAUAGACACAAGAUUCAGGAAAUUGAGAUGAAGCUAAGAACUCUAGAAAAGGCAAGUCGGGAUCGAGCAUAGAUGCCACUGAGGAUGUGGGCUCUGCGGCAGGGAAAUAGACUGCACGCUCUCUGCUCUCGGCUUCUAGUCAGAGCCUCGACUGGUCGGGAUUCGGUGAACUGACCCGGGAACACCACAAUGGGAAAUUUCUAUGGCGUUCCUAAAUUAUAUAGUUAGAGCACAAUUAAGUUUAUUCCCAUGUGCGA